AUGGCAGUAGAUGCGGAAGGCAAAGCAGGUGGGUUGCUCUUUGUAUGGAAUCCAACGGUGUUUCAAGUACAUGAGUGCUGUGGCAACCGGAAUUUCAUCCCAAUGUCAGGUACUUUGUUUUCCUCGUUUAAUUGUGUGAUUGUUAAUGUCUAUGGUCCAACAGAUGUGGCCAAAAGGCAAGAAGUUUGGGCAAAUUUUGCUCGUUUGAAGGCUUCUUUCUUGGGGCCAUGGUGUAUAGGGGGUGAUUUCAAUGAAAUAAGGAAUGCUGAUGAACGAAUUGGGUGCUCUAGAAGAGACCAAGGAAUGAGGGACUUUAACUCUAUGGUAGAACAACUAGAAUUGAUUGUCCUACCAAUGCUUGGGAGGAAAUUUACUUGGUGCAAUCCACAAACACAUGAGAAAUGGAGUAGAAUUGACAGAUUUCUUUUGAAUUAUGAGUGGCUCCAAAAUUUUAAUUUUAAGUUAUGGGGCCUUCCUAGGUUAGUAUCUGAUCAUUUUCCUAUAAUAUUGAUGGAGGAUGAUAGGGAUUGGGGUCCUAGACCGUUUAGAUUUCUGAAUGCUUGGUCCAGCCAUCCAAAUUUUGUAGCUUUAGUGAAGCAAACAUGGUCAGAAUCUCAAGUGGAAGGGUGGGCUGGUUUAUAG